GAGUGGCUUCGAAUGUCUCGUGAGGACGAUUCCCGGCAGGCAUUUUUGGGUCUGUGCUUCGUGGAUGACUUCGAAGCUCGGAGACGCCUGGCUCGGCUUCUGACGGCCAGGGCCAGCCGCAGGACGCCUUUCCAGGACGUGCCUUCUUCGAUCGUCGAAUGUUUGGACCUGCUUUCGCAGGCUGGUCCGUAUCGCCUGCUUUUUGAAGAGUUCCGUGAGAUCGUGGAGCUGAUUGAGGAGCUGCAUGUUUCGUCGCAGCGCCGAUCCAGGCCAGAAUUGAAU